AUGACUUUUGCUCCAGGAAAGGAUGCAUGUGGAUUGCGAGGACCACGUCAUGCACGGCAUCGGUGGGAUAAGGUUGGAGAGUGGGAUAAAGUGGUUCUGAAGAAGAAAGAGCAAGACAUUCCAAGUACACAUUCCAAUACAGCUCACUCCAUGGCUGCUUUCAACCUGCAGAAUGAUAUUGAUACUGGAGACAUGUCUGAGUAUUUGAAAAAUGUGGAUAACUCGAAAGAGGAAAACUAUGAACAGGUGCCAUCCAAUAUUAAUGCUGCAGUGAGAGGACAUCAGGAGAGCGGCUUCAGAUUCAUCAUUCCAGUCAAGAUAAACAUCAAUGAGCAACAUGGAGGGAUUUUUCAACAGAAUAUUUUCAAUAUUGCCAUACAGCUUUGGAAACCAGAUGGUACAGAUGAAAAAAGAACAGGGAUGCAAUCCAAACAAACAGACUCCCAAAGCACGGGAAACACUAAUUUGGAUUUAAUUGCAGAAAAUGGGCCUAACAAAACUGCAACCAGCAUGAACAUUACAGAACUUGCUGAUAAACAUAGCCUGGGGAAGCUUGGUACAAUUUCUGACAGCACAAGUGAGCACCCAGUUAAGAAACUUGUCUCAACAGAUGCAUCAAUUAGACAGUCUGAUGUUCAAACCCCAAAAGAAGAGCUGGCUGAUGACACAACACGGAUCCUUGGAGGGAAUCCAGUGCUGCCGCACCAGUUCCCUUGGCUGGCUGCCCUCCUGCUGGAUGGAGAGCUACAGUGCGGUGCAGUCAUCAUCUCCCAUCGCUGGCUGCUCACUGCAGCUCACUGUGUCACUUUGUACUCCAGCUCACAGCCUCUUCUGGCUAGAUUCUCGGUGUACUUGGGCGCACAUGACAUAUCUGCAGUCUCCGAGCCUCAGCGUUUACAGAUGACACUCAGUCGUGUGGUUUUUCAUCCAGGGCAUUUGACUAUUCUCAGAGACAUUGCCCUUCUCGAGCUGAAGGAAAGCAUCAGUUACUCAUCUGUGAUCAGGCCAAUUUGUUUGCCAAAUGCUGAACAAUUUGAAGCUCUAGAAGAGGCAGGCACCCUGUCAGAGGUGCUGGGCUGGGGAGAGGUGGGAAGCGGCCAAGUGUCGGCGCUGCCACUGCUGGCCCCAGUGCAAGUGGUGGGCCGUUCCAUCUGCCAGCGUGCCUGGGCUGCACUUGGGGUCACGCUCCCACCCUACACCCUGUGCUCUGGCUCGCAAACUGCUGGCACUUGCAAUGGAGACAGUGGAGGAGCCCUGAUGGCUCAGGAUGUUGACGGACUUUAUUAUGCCACAGGCAUAAUCAGUUUUGGAGCUCCAAAAUGUGGCACUCCUGGUAUCCCAGACGUCCACACUCGCAUUGUCUCCUACCUAAAUUGGAUUUCUUUGGUCACCAGCGGUGGUGGUGCCUGGAAUUACUCAUAAAUGGUGAUUUAAUUUUAUCUUACAGUUGUGAAAAUUAGUUAAAACACUUAUGAAAUACAUUCUGUAGUAAACUGCAAACAUAAAUUGACACCUGAUACAGAGAUUGUAUGAAACAUCAACACAUGCACUCACAAGACUCGAGUUGUAACACAUAUGUUAUUCUUUGAUUAUCUUAGUCAAUAGUGCUAGUGAAACACGAGGAAAUAAAAAGCAGAAACAAUGGCCUUAAAACACAGAAACAAUGGCCUUAAAACAAAAAAAGGUGACAGUGUACCUUUAUAAAGCUAUAUUCCAUUCCACAAUUCAUUUCUCUGUGACUGAAUGCACAGUACAUAUUUAACUGUUUGUCCUAAACUUUUUAGUGGGUGCUAUUAGUCAGCUUGUAGUAGGUGAACAUACAGAAUUUGAGUAGAUAUGUAAUGGGCAGUGUAAGAGAUUAAUUUACACAGGAACUGUUAAACAUCCAAUUGUUUUCCAGAAUGGAGAAAACAAAUGCUUCAAACUAACAUGUGAAGUUACUGAAGCAUAAUCAAUAUUAAUGCAAUGAAGAACUUAUUCCCAUUUCAUUCUUAACUGAGUUAGCAAUUACAUAUACUUACAUAUGUGGUAUAGCCAGUAACCUCAAAUGCUGAUGGUAGGCAAGGAAAGAAAUUGUUACCAUUUUUUCUGCAAAGAGACUGCAUAAUAUCAGUUCUUUUACUUUCCUACAAAAAUAGUUUGUAUCUCAUUUACAUUAUUAUUUUUGGAACUGGUGAAAGAAAUGAAUAUUACUCUCAUAAAUUUAUACUUACACUUUUAUCAAGUGAUACCAAAGAUUGACAGAUAUGCUCAUUUAAUCAUUUCUGAGUCUGUCAAUAGGUUUCAGAACACCAUCAAUGUCCAGUGCUGUUAAUAUAUCACAAAAAUCACUGUUAAAUUAUGUGCAAUUCAGUUUAGUAAACAUUUCCUUGUUGAUGAAUCUCCAGCAUACUGGAUUAAUAUAUUUUAU